AUGAGAACUCUGAUUCCCUUGCGGACACAACAGGAUCUUCCAACGUUGAAUUUUAACGAAAUUAGUUUAUUUAAAGAUGUGGAAGUGGGGAAUUCGACGAAUCUGCGUAAUUUGAAAGAAGAAUUCAGCAAUUCGGUUUUGAUAAACUCAGACCAAGAUAUCGAUUCAGACGUCGAGUUUAUUGGCAAGGUUUACAUUGAGGGUGAUAUGGAGCUAUCAGGCACAGUGAACGAGGUUGAAACAAAUAGCUUCGUUACCACAAAUACCGAUCAAGAACUGAGUGCGAUUUAUAACUUUAAGUCGAAGGUUAAUUUAGACCAGAAUCUGCUGGUUGAUGGAUUAGUGAAUGGGAUAGAUAUAGAUAAAUGGGCUCAAGAUUCUGUUAAAGUUGUGUCUCAAUUUCCGCAGAACAUUAGUAAUAGUUGGUCAGUCGAUCCAGAGUUAAUAUUAGAGGAAGAUUCCACAGGUAACGGGCUUAUCAACAAUAUUGAUUUUAAGAAAUUUAGUCAGGAAAUUCAGGACAAAAGAAAUCAUAAAUAUCAAGUUGAAGAGGAAUUUAUAGAAAAUUACAUCAACAUUUGUAAAGAUCUAACUUACAUGCACGAUAAACUGAAAAAGCAGAUUUAUAAAUUUGACUACUUAGAAAAGCUUCAGACUUUAAAUUUUCAUAAAAAAGUAGAAUACAUUUAUAACUAUUUUUACCGCAACGCCACUUAUUUUAUUGUUAAUGAAAAAAGCAACUGUCUGUCUUAUUUAUUUAUUUUCGACUCGCGUUUUAGAUACAUUAAAGAUAUCCACUUUGGACCGAUUGCUCAGAUUGUUUCGGUCCGUUCUAACGAUUUGUUGUAUUUAGUUAUACGUAAUCAACCCUUUUAUUCCACUUGUAAAACUCAAGGCACUAAUCUUUGGCAACUUAAAGAUGAUAACUUUGAGAAUUUGUUAAACAUUGAAGACCAAGAUCUUCUACAAGAAUCUUUAGAACCCGGAACUUUCUAUGGAUUGCGCAAACAUGUGAUAACCGAAUAUAAAAUUUUACCAAAUUUAGCCUCUGCGAUAAGAUACAGAAAGUGGGAAGUGAGAGAAGAUAACAUGGCGUUUGUGCCCAGGGGAUUAGCAACGGGUCUAUCCUUAAGAACCGGAAAAAAGCUGAUCAAUUUACAUCGUGACUACCCAACAUCCGAUAGUUUCAGUCCUGAAACCGAAGAAAUUAUUAUAGCAACGACUUGGUUGUAA